AUGGAUGGUAGUAAACCGCAAAUUGAUGUUUACGAUGAAGAAUUCUAUAACAAUCUGCAACUAGCGAAGAAAAUGGUAACUGAAAUUCGAAAUAGACGAGAUAAGGAUAUAUGUAAAAAAUGGAUUGGAAAAUUAUUGAGCCUAAAAUCAGACGAUCCUAUAGUUAAAAAAAAUCGAAACAGUUUUUUCAAGUAUAUGUUACAAAUGCUGGAUAAAGCAGCCAAAGAAGCUUCGACUACUCCUCAGUAUGAUGAUCGGGUAUGUAUAAAUAAGACUUCCACCAAAAUGUUACAAGUUUGCCUCAUAAAUUUUUCACAUACUCCUUCAGGAAAGAAGAAACUAUCAGCAGAAGAGACAGAAUUUAUGAGUAAAUGGUCUGGAGAUAAUCGUACUUAUAUUGCCGCUAAACCUCUACCAGGACAAGGAGCACUUAUUUACAUGGCAGUUUCGUCAGAUCCUUCUUUAGGAUGGGAUCACAUGUAA